AGCGCAGUGAAUUAAAACUCAUAAUGUAAAGUACAGUCACGAGCUCACUCUGCGCGCGUUCACAUCAACGCACGAUCAGCUGUAGCCUACUCAGGGAGUCUCGGGCUUCCCCGCUGUACUGAGCACUGCGCGUGCUGUUUACGCAAACGGGUCACCCUCGCACAGGGCCAAGCAGUCAGCAUCAGCACAGGAGAAGUGCUUUUUGACGUCAAGUACAGAUGAUAUCUACGCAUUGAAGGUGAGGAGUAAACAUCCUGGUGUUGUUUUGAUUUAUUCAACUGGAGCAAAACCUGGUCUGCGUGUUUUAGUGGGAUGAAUGGUAAAAGUUUCGCAGGCAACUGAUGAGGGUGAAGAGAGGGCUCUUAGCUGAACACAAUGACAGACAGUGUGAUAGUAUAUCAGACUCAGCAGAUAAGACAAAGCAAUGAGCAUGGAGUGCUCCGGAGAAGAGACAGCACUGAUGCUGACACGAAGAGCAGAAGGUCCUCUUUGCUGGCCGUACAAGCAGAAACUGAACUGGGAGAGACAGCCAGUGGUGAGUCAGAGGAACCAGACCAACAGGAUCCAUCCAUCUCCAUUCCUGACAUGCAGUAUCAUUUUAGCGGAGGAGAAGCAGACGGUCAUGGUGGGCAUGUGGCGCCCGAUGGUGGCUGGGGCUGGGUGGUGCUUGCGGCCACUGUCUUGGUCUUGGCGUUGACUCUGGCGUUCCCUUCUUGCAUUGGGAUUUUUUACACAGACUUGCAGAACGACUUUAAGGCCAGCAACACUGAAACGGCGUUGGUACCAGCCAUCAUGAUGGGCGUGCUGCAUGCAGGCGGCCCGAUAUGUAGUAUACUCGUGGAGUGCUGCGGUUGCCGUGCGACAAUAAUUAUCGGCGGCUUUCUGAGCGGAGUGGGAAUGGCGGCCAGUUCGUUUGCACAGACAAUGAUACAGCUGUAUAUCACUGCCGGCAUUAUCACAGGAAUGGGAUUCUCUUUGUCAUUCCAACCAUCCAUCACCAUGUUGGGCCACUACUUUGUGCGCCGCAGGGCGUUUGCUAAUGCCCUGUCGUCCACUGGCACGGCGCUUGGUCUCAGUACCCUACCCUUGCUUGCCAACGCUCUGCUCAGCAGGUUUGGAUGGCGAGGGAGCUUUCUGGUCCUGGGAGGUGUUCUGCUAAACUGUUGCGUCUGUGGGGCCGUGAUGCGUCCACUCGGGGCCAAACCAAAGAUAGAUAAAACCAAACACACUGACGAUCCCCACAGACGAACCAAUAGUAUCUCUAUUCAUCAGGAAAGAGAGGGUCUUAAAGGUCGCCUGCGGAUCACUCUCUCCACCCUAAUGCCUUUCGUGCGCAGGCACAUGGCUUUUGACCUCCUGUGCAGGAACUCUCGCUUUCGUGCCUACGCUCUUGGGGUAUCUUGGAUGAUGGUGGGUUUCGUGGUGCCCCUCGUUUACCUGGUUCCAUACGCCACCGCUUACGGUAUAGAGCAAGACCGAGCUGCACUGCUGAUGGCUGUCCUUGGCUUGGUGAACGUCACAGUUCGGCCAGCUUCAGCACUCGUGUUCGGCCUGCCUCGUUUCCAGGGUAACCACAGCUUCGUCUACCUGUUUGCCACCGCUGUGCUGAUCAACGGGUUGAGCAACUGCAUCUGUGGGAUAGCGACAGGUUUUCCGUUAUUGAUGGCAUAUGUAAUAGUCUUUGGCUUUUCCAUGAGCAUCAUCGGCUCUUUGAUGUUCACCGUACUAAUGGACACGGUGGAGAUGAGUCGCUUCCCAUCAGCCCUGGGCCUCCUCAGCAUUAUGGAGAGCGUUGUGCUAUUGAUCAGCCCACCGCUGGCAGGUAUCCUGGUCGACAGCACUAAGCAAUAUGCCUACGUGUUUUUUGUUUGCAGCUUUACCGGGUCCACAGCCGGUCUCUUCAUCAUGUUGUCCUUCUACUGGCUGGACAGACAAAGGGACACAGAUGCUAAGAGUCCUAAAGACAUUAAUCCUUUAAAGCCAAAUACCAAAAUGAACAUUGACUGUGAUUAUAGCCGAGUGCCUUUAUGUAGUAAAAAUGUCAGAGACGGUGAGACUAACGUUUGAACCAAGAAACCACCUUAAGUGCAUUUCAACAUAUUUAUUUUGUUUACUCUGUGCAGGUGAUAAACUCCCUUAGUUGCCUGUAUACAGGAGGAUUCACACAGAAAGCAUUUUUAAUAGGCUACCUACAUAAGUUCAUUUGUUACACUAGUCUACUUCUGGAUUACUGACAAAGGCCAGUUUACUGUAAUACAGUUUUUAAUAGCAGAUUUUCCUUUGCACAAAAUAAUGUCGUAGUGUUUCAUGUGUGAGAUACUGUAGCCGUAUGCAAUGAAUGUUUUUUUAGCUGCCGUAUGUAAUAAAUUUAAGCAGUGCACUUUCUUGUUUUC